CACAGCACCCAGGCCUCAGUGCUUCUGCGCCUCAAAGCAGCUAUCCGUAUGCGCCUAUCCUUGCUAUUGUUCCGCACCACUAUGUUGCGAUAGACCCGGCCCGGAACACCCACCCGAUCCACCCUACACACGUCGCGCCGCCAUUACGAAGUAUCGAACUUCACUCGCGAUGACGAGCUCGUUCGAGAAGUCAGUCAAGGGCGGCACGAAGAUCAAGCUCGCCGCCCCGAAAUCCAAAUAUGUCGAGCACAUUCUCAUAGCCACUCACGCCGGUGAGGCCGGCGUUGCUGAGAUCUUCCGCGCCCUCACGAACAGACUGCGGGACUCGACAUGGACCAUCGUCUUCAAGUCCCUCAUUAUCGUUCACCUCAUGAUUCGGGAAGGGGAGCCGGAUGUUACACUCAAGUUCCUGGCCCAGAACCCGCAACGGAAGUUGGCAAUAAAUCAUUUCACAGAGGUUCAAACCCAGGGCCGAAACAUUCGAACGUACGCCGAAUACCUACUCCGCCGAGCGCAAGAGUACGGAACUACAAAGGUUGACUACGUGCGCGGGGGAGAGGGCCGGCUCAAGAGAUUGAGCAUUGACAAAGGCCUUUUGCGUGAAACGGAGAGCGUCCAAGAUCAAAUAAGAUACUUGCUAAGAUGCGAGCUCCUCGCUGAGGAACCUGAGAACGAGAUCACUUUGACUGCGUUCCGGUUAUUAACAAUGGACUUGCUUGUGCUCUUCCAUGUCAUGAAUGAAGGGACAAUCAAUGUGCUUGAACACUACUUUGAGAUGUCUCACCCGGAUGCUACGAGGGCAUUGCAGAUUUAUCGCACAUUCGUCAAGCAAACGGACCUGGUCGUUCAAUACCUGAGUGUUGCAAGGAUGCAUGAACACUCGACAAGGCUCGAAAUUCCGAAAAUAAAGCAUGCCCCUACUAGUUUAGCUGCAUCGUUGGAAGAAUAUCUGAACGACAAAGACUUCGAGAUAAAUCGCCGCCAAUAUCUUGCUGAAAGAGAAGCUAAGAAGCUUGGUGGUGGUAAAAGCACGAACGGGACAAGUAGAGCAUUUGGAGACUCGAAGCCUACGGCGUCAAAGACCUCCGCAGGGCAAGGUUUUCCUUCGCCGAAGCAAGCAUCUGCAGCAUCGGCCAAGCCAGAAACCAAAGGGCCUGCCCCGGAUUUGAUCGAUUUCUUCGCAUCAAUCGAGCAGAAUCAACAGCCGUUGGUUCAACAAAACCAGCAAUAUUCGCAAUACCCCCAGCAAACGAGUAUGCAGCCGGUUGGAUACCAAGCCCCCAUUCAGGUCGCAGAUUUCCAAGCAACGAAUCCAUUCGGCCAGCCGCAACAGCAGCCACAACAGCAGCCGCAACAGCAGCCGCGACAGCAGCCACAACAACAACCGCUGCAGCAAAUGCAACCAACUUUCACAGGGGCCGGCUUCGGCGGGUACACGCCACAGCCGUUCAAUCCACAGAACACCUCGCUUUCGAGUAUACCCCAAAAUGGCGUCGCGAACUUCUCGCCCCAACCAGCACAACAGUUCAACAAUCCUAAUCUGGUCGCUGAUCCCCUACACCCGCAAUCGACCAAUCCAUUCCGUAACUCUGUAAUGCCUAAUAAUAUUGCGGAACCCAAACUUUUGAGCAACCCUCCAGUCGCACAACCGCUCGCUCGCUCCCCUACAAACCCUUUUGCUAAGCACGGCGCACAGAAUCAACAAUCACCUAGUCUUGGCUUGUCCUCAUCACCCUUUACAUCGCCUCCGCCGAUUCAAACACCUCAAAACAGCUCUCCCUUUGCACCGCAGCAAAACACCCUCUCGCCCAUGCAGCCCGCACCGACAGGCACGAACCCUUUCGCCCGCAACCCAUCACCGCAGCCGCAAGUACCACCACAACAAACUGGUCUGAUUCCCAACCCGACAGGCAGCACGAAUCCUUUCCGACAAAGCGCGUUCGUGAACCAGCAAACGGGCCAGGGCUGGCAGAACACGGGCCAAGGAACGAUGGGCGGAAUGGGGCUGGAGGCAGUGGACACGGUGCCGGUAUUUCCCAGGCCAGGACAACCCACUGGACAGCAAGGGCAAGGUCAGGGCUGGUCGUAGGCGCUUGCUGCAAUUGAGAAACAGGAUUUACGUUUUGACCUUCUUGAAUAUUUGGACAGAUUUUGAUAUCGAAGGGGCCGGCUUCGACGGCAUGGCGUUAGCAGGACUAAAGUAUGUGGUUGGGUUGUCUUUGUUUCUUUCUCACUCCUACUGUUGCGUAUUAGCCUGAUUGCGAGGCCACAGCUUCGCCCUUACUGGUCUCGGGCUGGAUCAGAUGAGGCGAGUCUUAGUCGUGAGGGACUGGGAAGUGGCGCGUGUACUCUUAGUGGUGCGAUGGCCGAGUCUGGAUGUGAAAACUGGUCGUUUCUAAUCAAAGGCGGCAUUUCAAUGUGCGUGCUUGCAAAGCAAAAC